AUGGAUGAGCUGAUUUUGGACCCCUCCUUGUACACUGUCAAAGCCAUUCUGACUCUGGACAAUGGUGGAGAUAGAUUUUUUGCCAAGUACUGUGACGACAGCUACCCCGGUGUCAAGGAGCAAAAGGCCUUUGAGAAGAACACUUUCAACAAGACCUGUCAGACUGACACUGAAACUGCCCUCUUGGGAGGCCUGACAGUGGUAUGCAAAAGCAGUAUCGAUCUCUAUUUCUAUACGAUUGGCAGCUCAUACGAAAAUGAGAUGAUGCUCAUGGCUAUUCUGAACUGCCUCUUCUUCGACUCACUGAGCCAGAUGCUGAGGAAAAAUGUAGAAAAACGAGCUCUGCUGGAGAACAUGGAGGGGUUCUUCUUGGUUGUGGAUGAAAUCGCAGAUUGGGGGGUGAUCCUAGAGAGCAAUCCCCAGCAAGGGGUACAGCGGGUGGCACUAAAGGGAGAUGUCCCCCUUACAGAGCAGACCAAGUCUCAGGUGCUGCAGUCAGCCAAAGAACAGAUCAAGUGGUCACUCCUUCGGUGAAGACCUCACUGUUCCUGGCUCCUUACCCCCUCAAAAAAUCCACAUGUCUG